AUCUUAUGGACGCCACCAUCAGAAGACUCGUGGCGAUGUGACGACGUCGAAUUUGUGAUUGACUACGUAAACACGACAUCUCGCGGCUCAUGGACGGUACCUGUGGAUGCUCCUUCUGAACUUGUGGUCUCUACCAUGCCUGGCACCCGAUGGGAAGUGAAAAUGCGUACGCAGACCGUCGAAGAUGGUGCGAAACCUCAGACGAGUAAAUGGAGUGAAAAGGCUUCACUCACCACGCAGUCGCUGCCUGGAGAGCUCUUUGUCACCGUGGAACCCACAGGACCCCGGGAAGCACUCGUCACAUGGGAUCUCCCAGACAAGGAUCAGAAAUGGAACUAUGGAGUGGAUAUCUCGUACCGUUUGAAACAACUUGGUGGAUGUAACGAAGCAGCUACUGGACCCCAAGAACCGAUCACCAAGUUGAACAUUCCAGGAGAAGCAGGUGACGGUGACCCCACGUCGUCCUCCAUCCCUCAUUCGUCGAUCGUCGCCCCGAAGACUGUGCGAACAUUCAAGACCAAAAACGACGUGCCCACCGGACCGCCAAUGAAUCUGCAAUCUUCCCUUCGCAAAGAUACUGAACUGGGCUUCAAAUGGGACGCUCCGGAAUGUGUGCACCAGAACGGUAAUGUGUCCCAGUACGAGUUCGAGUUGGUCGGUAUGGAUGAGUGGAACGAGGGCACCCGAGAGGGUGUAACUCCCCGUACCAAUGCCAUCAUCGAUCAACUUCAACCCGGAUCACUCUACCGAAUGAAGGUUCGAGCUUACACCGCUGAAGGACCAGGACCUUGGUCUGACCCGCUGGAAAUUCGUACCACUGGCUCUGAACUUGGCUCUCCACGUGAACUUACCGCAGUACAAACGAAGAGCACCGCUAUCCAACUCACAUGGCUGCCACCGUACCCCGAAAAAGCAGUUGUAACUGCUUACAGGAUGAGAUAUAGCCCUCGAGCUGAUGACUCAAAUCCAACGGAGAUCGAGCUUUCUGGAGAUGAACUCUCGUGCUCAGGCUAUAAAAGCCCCAUCAUUACCGGGGCCAAUCUGUGCACAACUGUGAAGAACCUGCAACCAGCAACGACUUACCGAUUUGCUGUACAGGGUCAAUCGGCUUCCGGAACGUGGGGCGAAUGGUCCAGCGACUAUUUCUCCACCACUAGAAAAGACGACAAAGAACUUCUCGGAGGCAGUUUGAAACUGCUCUCUGCUGGACACGACAACCUCAAGGUGAAGUGGACUCCCCCGGCUGUCAUCGGCGAGAAAAUCGAUACCUAUCAGCUGUUCAUUUCGGUCGCCAGUGAGCUGGACCAGAAUCCCAGAGAGUACACAACGCCCGGAUCGCAGACCGACUACCAUUUCAGGCAGCUCGACUCAGUGACCCAGUACAAUGUUACCGUACAAGGCCUUUCCGGCAGCAAUAAGCUCUGGUUCAUUUCGUCCGUAUUCGCCACCACCGACUUUGCCGAAGGUCUGCUCAGCUGGCUCCCAGCCCCCACUGACCUGCACUUGAUCGAGAAGUCAGACACCAUGCUGCACGUGGACUGGGUCCCUCCUGAGAUUUUCGACGCCGAACAAAGAGAACUGCUCACUCACUACAGGUAUGCGUACGUUACUAUUGGUAUUCAUCCUGUCUACUUUUCCCAGGUUAACCUAGCAACGUUCAGGGUCACCAUUGCACCAUUCGAUCCUCGCAGCGGAGUGACCGGACCGAAAAAGAACUACACGGUCCCAGUACCAGGAAAUUCGAUCAAGUUCGAGGGUCUAAACCCAGAAACCAUCUACAAUAUCACCGUACAAGCAGGAACAAGCUCGGGUUAUGGUCCACAUACUGUGGGGAACCUACAGUACCCUGGCACCUGGACAACGACACAUCAUUCGGCUUGUGAACAGGUCUCCGACAACGCUGCACGUGGAAUGGGAGCCUGUUUGGGGACGCAGCCACAGCGGUUACACUUGUGA